AUGUUUUCUAGUGAAUUAUUUGCUGACAGUGAUAUAUCAACUAGUGUCAUUCCAUUUUACGAAAUUGAACACGGAGUGGUGAGAUUUUUUUUUCUAGGUUAUUUUUAAUUAUCAGUUUUAGUCAGAAUGCGACGAAGAAGUUGUUUCCUGUUCCCCCGGCUGUUCAAAUCAUUCUCGAAAUUUUAAAUUUUUGGCAGGGAAAGAGAAACGACAAUUUUUGGUGAGUUUUCUAUCAGAAUUACGGUCGCGAUUUCUUUUUUUCUUGAGUUGUAAGUGAGAAGUUUCAGAACGUCAGAAUAGUCGAAAAAAGAGAGAGGGAGAAGAAAGAAGACAAAAAAAGAUGGGAAGCGCAAAAAGUUCAGAUCAACAGUGAGUCGCGUUGCGCAACCUCUAUCGCAUGGGUUCAAAGUGAGCGGUCGUUAAAAAAAUUCCCUCAAUUCGAUGUUCAGUUAACCGUUCAGAUGAAGUUGAAAAAGUUGUAGAUCAACUGGAAUUAUCGCAUUCGUUGAAGGUUUGAAGGAUGACAGUAGAAAAGUUAUUCUUUUUAUGUAGGAUUGCGACCCACCUUUGGCUUCUGCAACACAGCCAGAAUGGUACAAUAACUCCCACAAAAGAUUCGAAGAAGAUUGCAACGGGGAGACUGCCACACAAAAGGUGGAAGGCUCCCGAAUCUGUUGAAAAAGUCGAUUUCAGAUGGUCAAAGCUGUCUCUCUUCAUGUCAGGACCUUCAAAAUCCCUGUGACGACUUCAAGUGAAAGGUUUUAUUUUGUAAGAUGGAAAUUCAGUAAACAACUUAUUGUAGAGCAAAUGAUGCAGUCUUUGUCUGCGGCGUCGCAGGUUGUGACGCCGUGCUGAAGAGCAGCACAGCGCUCCGGAAGCACGGAAAGGUCCAUGCGAAGAAAACCUUCACCUGCGAACAAUGCAAAAUGAGUUUCGUCGAGAAGACAAAGCUGCGGCGUCACAUGAAGGUCCACAGCGGCGAGAAACCGUUCAAGGUACUAUCUGCGAUGCAGAAUGCAGACAAAUUCGUUUUGAGCUUCAAAAAUACUGAAUUCUUGAUGUACACAUUAGCUGUUAUAGUCUUUUGGACAUUAUUCCUACUAUAGAUCUUCCAAUCAUACAUUGGCUUUGCCAAACGCAUAGUACGACCGAACUGUUCGUAUAGUUUUCAGCCAUAAGAAGACUCUUUCUGAACACGUAUAUCAUCUGCAGAAGUCUCUGUUUCAGUGCACCUUUGCUUCUUGUGCUGCCUCUUUUUCUAAUUCUUCCAACUUGAAAGCUCAUGCUAAAACGCACACAGGUCAGCCUCUCUUCUGAGUAUUCAUAAAUGGAAUGUUUCAUUUCAGGAGACAAGCCUCACAAGUGCAAGUUCUGUCCGCGCGCUUUUCUUCAUCCAUACAAUUUGAAAGUUCACACGAUGCGAUUACACGCGAAAAAUAGGUAA